UCUAUUAUAAGUUUUUAGUAAUUUUUUCCCCUCCUAUUUCUCUUUCCUUUAACAUUCCUUCUCAAAACCAAACAGUAUUGCAAUUUCUACCACUCCGUUCCAAACCCAAUAAACCCCUACAACAAUUCACACGUGACACGGCGCAAGUGCAGUGUUGAGAGUUUGUUUCCACAGUCCUCAGAACUACGAAAAUGUGAAAAACAAAACAUGUCAGUGAGGCAAUUCAUCAAACACCUACGACCCCUCCGCAACAUUUCCAACAACACACUCUCACCCUUUCACUCUCUCUUCACCCGUUCCCUUCAAGCCACAAACCACACCCUCCAACAACAAGAAGAUCCUCAAUCUCUUCUCAAACAAGACCCAAUCGAAAUCUGCACCUCUCUAUGGAUCAAAACAUUUUCCUCCCCAAAAACCACUUCCUUCCCUAACCUCACCGGUUUUCUCUCCAAUUUCGAUCUUUGGGUCUUCGCCUAUCAACGCUCAUGCGCCCACGUCACCGGAACUUUCCCUCCUCGCAACGCCAUUCACACCAACCACCUUCGUGAUAUUCUCUCCCUCCGUAACGCCGUUAUACGCGGUCGUUUUACAUGGAACGACAAAACCCACCAAUUACUUCGAUCACCAAACGACAAAACCUUUUCAAAACCCCUCUCAAAACGCAAACUUCAAGUUUUUAUCGAAUCCAACGAGCCUUGUUUUCAAGACAGGGUUGUCCAAGAGGUUCUUUUGAACAUUCUGGAACCAGUUUUUGAACCUAAAUUUUCUCCAAAAUCACACGCUUUUCGACCCGGUAGAAAUGCACACACUGUUAUUCGAACCAUUCGGAGUAACUUUGCGGGUUACUUGUGGUUUUUGAAGGGUGAUUUGAGUGAGAUUUUUGAAAAAGUUGAUACCAAUGUUGUGAUGGAAUGUGUUGAAAAGGGUACUAGAGAUAAGAAAGUUUUGGGUUUGAUUAAAUCUGCUUUAAUGGGGCGUGUUUCGCGAAAAGUAGUUGAAGUUGAAGAGUUGAAGAAAGAUAAGAAGAGGAAAGCUACUAAGAAGAGGAUUCUUAAAGAGAAUGAACCGAAACCGGAUCCUUAUUGGUUAAGAACAUUCUUCAGUUUUGCUCCUGAGGAGGCUGCUAAGGUACCUUCUUAUGGUCAUUGUGGGAUUUUAAGUCCAUUGCUUGCUAAUGUUUGUCUUAAUGAAUUGGAUCAUAUGGUAGAAGAAAUGAUUGUUGAGUUUUUUAGGCCUAGUAAGUUUGAUUCUAUAUGGAAGCAUUCAAUUGAUGAUGGAUGUCAUAACCCGGCUUGGCCCGAGUUUGUUCCGUCUAGUGGGAACGAGAAAACUAGGAAGAUGGAUUACAUAAGAUAUGGUGGUCAUUUUCUGAUUGGGAUUAGGGGUCCUAGGGAGGAUGCUGUUGAAAUUAGGAAGAAAAUUGUUAGGUUUUGUGAAAGUAGAUUUGGGUUAAGGUUGGAUAAUUCCAAGUUGGAGAUCGAACAUAUUGCAAGGGGUAUUCAAUUUUUGGAUCAUAUAAUAUGUAGAAGGGUGAUUCAUCCAACCUUGAGGUAUACAGGUUCUGGAGGUAACAUAGUGAGUGAGAAGGGUGUGGGUACUUUGCUUUCGGUUACUGGUAGUUUACAACAAUGCAUUCGCCGGUUUAGGCAGCUUGCGCUCGUUAAGGGUGAUAAGGAUCCCGAGCCACUUCCGUGUAAUCCUAUGUUGUAUUCAGGGCAAGCUCAUACAAACUCUCAGAUGAAUAAGUUCCUUGAGACCAUGGCUGAUUGGUAUAAAUAUGCUGAUAAUCGCAAAAAAGUUGUUGGCUUUUGUGCCUACGUGGUUCGUAGCUCUUUGGCUAAACUGUAUGCUGCUAGGUAUAGGUUGAAGUCCCGUGCCAAAGUGUAUGGAAUAGCUUCGCGAAAUCUCAGUCGACCUCUAAGGGAGAGUACCAACAAUUCUGCACCUGAGUAUUCAGAUCUUUUGAGGAUGGGGCUGGUGGAUGCAAUUGAAGGUGUUCAGUUUUCGCACAUGUCUUUGAUUCCAUCUUGCGAUUAUACUCCGUUCCCGAGAAACUGGAUACCAGAUCACGAGAGGGUGUUGCAUGAGUACAUAAAACUUGAUAAUCCUAAAUUUUUCUGUGAAUUGCUCAGAUAUGUUAAGCAAAAAGGCUUAAGUAUUCCUCAAGAGGAAAUUUCUCAAAUGGUAUGGGACUACAAAACUCUUGGGGUCCGUUAUUUUCGAUCUGACAGAGAUAAAGAAGUGAAAGCUGAUUUAAAGGAGAUAACUGAAUAAGUUUGACAUUGGUUGAAAAUUUGUGGAAUUUUCAAAAUUGAUGAUCUCAUCACUGUUGAGAAAUUUCUAUGUUGAGUGUAAGAGUCCUUUAAUUACUAUUCUCACAAGAAAUGUUAGUUGAUGCGGACUCUAUCUACAUGAAAUAUGAAUGUGCUCUUUGGAAGGGUAAAACUCAGAUGACAGUGUUGUAACUUGUAAUUAACUACUAACAAUAUAGAACAUGGCAACAUGUACAAACAUAAUUUUCUACAUUGUCGAAUUGAAUUGAGUUUUUUCAUUAGAAUUUACAUAAAUGCUGAAAUUUUAAUACAUUGGGAUCCUUUCUUCCCUGCAUCAAACCAUAACGUUUGGUGAUAUAUUUUCUUUAACCUCAUAACAAAUCUUCUUGUUGCUUAAUCUUGAUUUGUGUUGCAAACCCAAAGAGUGCAAAAACAGAAGUAUUUGAUAGAAAAAUAAGAGAGGAGUUGUGUAUUAUUGAUGACAAAAAUAUGAAAAUGCAGAAGGGUGUAUUACAGGAUCCUAUAUUUGGAAUUCCAUCAAGAAGUCUAGAACUUGUUUUCAUGAUGGCUAUAUGGUGAUGGGAAUUUGUUCUUUUGGUACAGUACUUGGUCCCAAAUAGGCUCUCUUUGUCAUUCAGUAGAUUAUGUGGCUAUCCAUGAUGUACAACUCAAAUUUAAAGAUAUUUAUGCAGAUGAGUGUCUAAAUUUACUGCUGCUUAGAACUUCCCUCAAUCUAAAUCUGGUGAAGUUUCUCAACUCUAUUCGUGUUCAUAUUAAUGACAUUGUUAGUGAUAUUUUUACUAUGCAAAUUGAGGUAAACAGACAUUAUACAGCCAAGUCUGGA